GAUUGAGAAAACAGUUCAACUUUCCCACAGCCAAUGGCCUAUUUUCAUAACAGGGAACUCCUUCUGUUGACAGAACAGCGCGGUGGAUUUAAGAAAAUAAACUUUAUUUGUUCAGUCAGCGAUUAUUAACCUGUUCCCUGCAGUCAGCUGCACUUUCUUCGCACAAACGUCACAGGACAGGACAAUUCUGAUGGAUUUGGGAAAUCCUCUGUAAGCAAAACAACGGAUGACAAUCGCCGAUUUUUCACCAAAGAUCUGACUUUGGAAUAAGUAACGCUUCUAUGGACCAUUGAGUGACAACACAAUAUUGAUAUUCUUCUACGACAAGGCAUCUCCAAGUUAGCGGUUUUAACGUCUCACGCCCUCUUCGACAGCGAUAGUAAACGUUUGUGACGUGCUCCAUGGAUAGUGUGCGCACUGCGCGAGGAGGGUGCAGAUGCGCAUGAUAUCCAGCUUCGCUCGGGGAGUUUAAAGUAGGGCUACAACAUGAAAAAGUAGGAAAUACUUCGAUUCAUUAUGUCAACCGCGGAACAAAAGGUGGAACCCGUGGCGGUGGUUAACCGUAAGGACACUAACACGCGCCAUUACCGGAGAGAGCUCUCAGCAGAAGACCACAACCAUGAUCCGGUAAAAAAGGGGACCAGAAGUAGAAAAAUGGAGCGCUUCAGCUCCAGAGGAGCAGGCACAUCCGAAGACGGCUUCCCAACAGCGCUGCCCAUGCUGUUGGCCAUGGUGGAGGGGCCGGACAAGCUUCCUGCAGACGAGGGGUCACAGGAAGUGCUGCGGGGAAAACUCCGCCUCCUGGAGGCCGACAGCAUGGAGGUCAACGCUCUCUUCAUGGAACUAUCAGCUCGGCUUGUUUCCAUCAACUGUGAAGAAAACGCCAUAUUUGUCAAAUUCAAAACAUUUGAAGAGAUAUGGAGGUUCACCACGUAUUACACAAUGGGCUUUCUGGGCCAGUGCAUGGAGAACCUGCUGUUGGACCAGGACUUCUGGUUGAGUUCUCUGGACCAGGAGUACUUUGCAAUAGAGAUCUCUAUCCAAGAAGAGACUCUCAACCUCAUGUACAAAGGCAUCCUCAUGCAAGAGGGUUCCUUGUUCGCCAGCUGCAGCUCCACCCAGAUGUUCGACAGCUCCACCUCUGGUAGAGACCUCUACCUGGAGCAGGGGGACAUCGCCCUGUUUGAGCCCCCGUUCCUGGGCUCGGGGUGGACCGUACUCUCCCUGGGGGAUGGAGCCCGGGGGACCAAACCCAAACCAGCCCUGGAGCCCGUCAUUCCCUUCCACCAAUGGUUCCUCAAAUCAUGUGCGGAGAACAUCUUAGUUGGCAGUGGCAAGCCAGCAUGUGAUUUCCCCUGCCAGUUUGCCACUGGCUCCUGCGUGGCCACUGUUGAGUAUGACGCCGGUGGGCCAGACGAGCUAAGCCUGGAGCAGGGUGAUCGCAUCAUCAUUGUGGGCCUGUUGGUGUCGUGCUUCGAGUGGUUCACUGGCAGACUGGAGAGGACAGGAGAAGUGGGAUUGGUGAUGACAACAGUGGUCAGACCGGCCGAUAGCCUUUGUGAGGCGUCUGACAUUUUCCUAGAGAAAGAAGAGAGGUUGUUUUUCAACCUGAAAGAAGAUCAGAUUAAAGAGGAGACAAUCGCCUUGCUGAAAAAAAUCAACCAGAAUGAUGUUGGACACGUCUACAAACUUGAUCUGAUUGCUCAACCGGAUUCUCCAAAUGAACCAACUCAAAGGAGGGAUGGUUCCCAAGGCAACAUGGACACUCACCAACAAGCAGAACUGAGGAGGAAGAUUGAAGAGAUUCUGCUAAAAGGGAAGAUGAAAUCGAAGGUGCCUCAUGCAACUGUGACGACAAACGGAACUCUGGAGGACCACAGUGAGACCUCUAAGACUACAUUACCCAGUGGGCCUCACUUCACCAUCCAACCAGUUGAGGAAGGCACUACCACCAACCAGGAGAAAUUCCUUCCUCUUCUAUCCUUCCUGGGUGGCAGCAACUACAAGCCAGAGUUUGGCGCCCUCUAUGGCCAAACUCCGGAACGGCUCCUCGCCACUUUCACUGGCCACUUGGACGACGUUGACAAAUUGGUGGCGUAUCUAGGUGUUGCCAGGGAAACUGCCAGGAAGAAGCGUCUCCAUUGGUCCCAGAGCCGCCUCUGUUUCCUUUUGGGAAAACUCUGUGCAGGACGAUCAAAAUUUUCCCAGGCUCGAGUCUACUUCGAGGAGGCCCUUAGCGUCCCUCGAGACGGCUUCACGGACAUGCUAAUGCUAGCUAGCAUCUACGCUAAUUUAGCGGUGAUCUAUCUCAUGCAGAAAAAUACAGAAAAAUACUUGGCUCUGUCGGAGCGGAUCGCUGCGCUGCUAAUGGGCAUCCCUUACUGCGUCUCGACAGUGGAGAAAGACUCAGAAGUUCUGAAGUUUAUCCUGAAGAAGGCGGUGCUUAGUCACAACAAGAUGGCAGAAGCCAGAGCAUGCUUCCUUUUGGCCAAGCUCCACUGGAGGCGAGGUGAGGCGGCGGACACCGUUCCCUUCCUGGAGAGGCUUCUGGUUCUCUUGGCGGAGCCCCCUGGUGUCCGGAGCGUUGCACCCAGCCAUGGCUACCUCAGCCUGGGGAGGCUGUACAGCCAGCUCUCCCUCCCCCACCUCUGUGUCAGCUCGGCCAGGAGAGCCACGAUGCAUCCAUCUGCUAGGCUAGCCGAUUGUCUGAAUGGAAUGGGGCUGGUUCUGGAGAACACAGACAGACUCUAUGGGAUCCGGAAGCAGGACGUUGCCAUUCCGGCUCAAGUGGCUCCAUAUCUCAGCCGGUCGCUCUCCUUCACUGGGCGAUUAGAUGGAGUCGGUGGCACUGGUGACCACACUCUAAGCCAGGCUCUAACACUCUGCCUAUCCCAGCUGUUUCAGGUACAUGGGAUGCUAGGUCACGCUGUACGCUCCAUGCACACUCUCAUAGACCAUCAUCGUGCGCCGUCAUCAUCAUUGGGCACCACUAGCAUUCCUGAACGAAACAUCGCCCUUGUGUGGCUAGCAUGGCUCCACAUCUGUAACAGCCAACCAGAGGUAUCUCUAGACGUCCUCGACUCAGUGCUGGCCUCCAUGCCAGAACAUUGCACUACCCCACAGGAAGGACUGGUCCACAACAUGAGGGGUGUAGCCUUGCGAAGCAUGGGGGACCUGAGGAGGGCAGCAGAGAGCUACCAGAUGGCCAUUGAUGUGUGUGAGGAGUUUGAGGACAGGGCUAACUGGGCAGUAGCAGAAGCUAACCUGGGGUUAUUGUGUCUGAAGGCUGGGGCUAAGAGGUUAGCGGAGCAGCAUCUAACAGAAGCUGUUGAGAUGUUGUCAGCGCUGGAGGGACAAGAACACGAGGUGAACUUUACCACAGUGCUGUUGGAGCUGGGACAGUACUAUGUGAACCAGAGACACCUGGACAGAGGAAAGAUCUACUAUGAAUGGGCUCUACUCAUGGCUAUCAAGUCAAACCACUCAGACAGUCAGAUGAGCGUGACGCGACGCUUGUGCCACCUUUACAGAGCAGUGUGUCCGGAUGAGGCCCAGUGCAUCAUCUACAGCGAACAUCAGCUGGCCCUGCUGGUGACCCGGGGAGACAGGAGACAGGAGGGGGAGGUGUUGGAGACCAUCAGCCAGCUAUACCUUAGUCUGGGGACAGAGAGGGCUAGGCGGUCUGCUCUAGACUACACCAAGCGUAGCCUGGGUAUCUUCAUAGACCUGGGCCGGAGGGAGAAGGAGGCUUACGCCUGGUUACAGGCUGGGAAGAUAUACCACCUGCUGGGCCAGACUGAACUGGUGGACCUUUAUUUACAGGUGGCCCAAGAUGUGGGUGUGAGUACGGGAGACACACACUUCAUCCUACAGCUGCUGGAGGCAGCAGGGGACGUCUUCUUCAACAGCUCAACGGAGAGAGAGAAGGCUGUCUGCUUCUAUGAGGACCGUGCCCUGCCCAUCGCGGUGAAAACCAGCAGUACUGAGGUCAGACUGAGACUGUCUAACAAGCUGGUGGAGCUGCUGCUGCAGAUGAAGCUGUAUGGAGAGGCUGUUGAGUACGCCCAGACCGCCCUGGACAUCAGUGUUAAAUUGGGAAACCGUCUGAACGAGCGCGUGGCCUUCCACCGCCUGGCUACUCUGUACCACUGUCUGGGUCAGUUUGAGCUGGCUGAACACUACUACCUGAAGGCCCUCUCCCUCUGCCCCACGCCCCUGGAGUUUGAUGAGGAAACCCUGUACUAUGUCAGGGUGUAUCGGACGCUGGGGGACAUUAUAUUCUAUGACCUGAAGGACCCGUAUGACGCCGCAGGGUACUACCACCUAGCACUUGCUGCAGCCAUGGACAUCGGCAACAAGAAGUCCCAACUCCAGCUCUGCACCCGAUUGGCUACCAUCUACCACAACUUCCUGGUUGAUCGGGAACUGUCCCUCUUCUUCUACCAGAAAGCACGAGCGUUCGCCUCCGACCUCAAUGUACGACGCAUCAACCUCUCGCCAGACCAGAUCUUCAGCAGUAUGUCACAGUACAAGACGAACAGGGUAAACAUCCAGGAACCAAGAAAUAAGUCCCCGUCAAACGGCCAUCUUGGUUUGAAGUUAGUGAGAAGAGGGGAGAAAUUAUAGCCUGGACCCAGAUCUGUUUGUGCUCUUACCAACUCCAAUGCUCAUUGUCAAGCAAAACAUGACACUGAGUGACAAGGAGUUGCAAUGAUAGCACAAACAGACUGGCACUCAGGCUAGAGAGGUUAUGGGUGUUGAAAGAUAUUGUGCCAAGUGGGUGGUGUAAGCCUUUGUUCGGUUUAAAUAUGUAAUUCUGACAUUUUGAAAAGCUGAGAUGUGUUAAUGUGAUUUUGCCAAUCAGUGUUCUGUGCCUUACUGAACAAUAUUACUUAGAAUAGAAUCAUACAGCAAUGACUGAAUAUCUAUAAUUGUCUUCAGUUGAUGACCUGAAACGAGUUAAGUCAUGGUGAAAGUAAUGAAUCAUGAAAGAUAUCUCUAAUAAAAAGUCAGAGAAGAUAAUGGAGAAGGUCCAGCUGUUGCAGGUUAUAGUGGAGUCUGGAGUGAAUUGCUCUGUGAGAGUGAAGACCACUUGGACUGCGCGGCUGGGCCCAUAUCCACAAAGUGUCUCGUAGUAGGAGUGCUGAUCUAGGAUCUGUCCAUACAGUCGUAUUUAUUCUCAUCCAAAAGGCAAAACUGAUCCUAAGUCAGCACUCUGAUAAGCCGUCAAUGCCUUUUUUUGUAUAAUUAGCUAGUUUUCCAUGCAAUCGGCUCACAGAUUUUCAUGCGAAUAUUCAACUGUCCGCAUAAAGAAAAUAUGCGCAUUUUCCCAUCAGUGGUGUUUCCACCCAACGGACUUGUUGUAGAUAAAAAUCAAUGUGUGAUGACGUAGUGCACACAAAAUGUACUUUUUCGCUUAGGUUUUCGUGUAAUGAAUAAAAAUCUAAAGAGUUAA